AUGAGAUGUGCACGUUCUUUUAUGUCCUACGUAAGAAUUUAGUGCGCUUAUGAAGAAGAAUGAAAAACUGUGGAAUAACGCAUUCAGCGCAUUAAUACGUAUGGUCUCUUAAACAUCUUCCUUAAAAGAUGUCUCCAUACGUUAGUCUCUUAAUACUUGUAUACGUAGUUAAUAUAUCUGACAAAUCGUUCGGUGAGAUGUUCACUUCAGUGAUGAGCGUGAAGCAAGCUGUUUUCGCAGAAAGACAGCUCAUCGAUUAUUUAAGAUCUUAUUUAGAAAACGAAAUGCAAAGACUUGAUGAUAUUAAAAGGUUCUUCUCAAGAGUCACGUCAUUGCACAGUGGGAUAUACCAUGAGCCAUCAGCUACCAUAGCUAAUCCAAUUGUUGCAUUCAAACUGGUCAAAAGACUCAAGUCUGAAUGGAUGAAUGUUGUCCAUAGCAAUGAAGCCGAAGAAAAUAUUGACGCCCUUAGGGAGGGCUACAGGAGAAUGGAAGGCAGCUUACCCAAACUGGAAGACCUUCAGGGAGCAGCGCAGGGGCUGAUGAGACUUCAGGAUGUGUAUGAUCUACGUGUGGAGGGCCUUGUGCGAGGUCACUUCCAGCAAAUCACAAAUGGAGAUCCUGUUGAUAUUUACAAACCUCCUGUGUCUGAUACGCUAUCUGGGGAUGAUUGCUUCCUUGUUGGAAAGGUGGCCUAUGAUUUGGAAGAUUAUUACCAUUCUGUGCAAUGGUUUGAGGAGGCAGUUCGUCUCUUUCGAGGAACAGAAUGGAGUCCAGAAAAUGAAGGCACACUUGAAGAUGCCCUUGACCAUCUAGCUUUCUCUCAUUUUAAGACCGGAAACAUAUCUUUUGCUCUCAGUGUCUCCCAGGAACUAUUGCUUCAUGAUCCUGUGAACAGUAGGGUGCAUUUCAACGUGAAGAAGUAUGAGAAGCUCCUAGAUGAAAGUCCGCCUGUUAAAAACCAGGGUUUGGUUUUGAAAAGGCCUGACUCCACCUAUCUAAGGACCAGGAAUGUCUAUGAGAAGCUGUGUCAAACAAAAGGUUCUCAGCCAAAGCAUUUUGAGAACCCCAGGUUGUUCUGUGACUUUUUCACCAAUGGCAACCCUGGCCUACUUCUGCAACCAAUUAAAAGAGAGCUAAUCAGCCUGCACCCUUAUCUUGUACUCUUCCAUAGCUUUGUUACCCGAGCUGAAGCUAAAAGCAUCAGAGAAUAUGCCAUUCCAGGGCUCAGAAGAUCAGUGGUGGCAUCAGGAGUGAAUCAGUCCACUGCGGAAUAUCGCAUCAGCAAGAGUGCAUGGCUUAAAGAAUCACCCCAUGGAGUUGUGGGCAAAGUGGACCGGCGCAUCACUAUGGUCACUGGGUUGAAUGUGCAGCCUCCUUAUGCUGAAUAUCUUCAAGUUGUAAAUUAUGGCAUUGGAGGACACUAUGAACCUCAUUUUGACCAUGCCACCUCUAACUCUAGUCCAUUGUACAGACUAAAAACUGGGAAUCGUGUGGCUACAUUCAUGAUAUAUUUGAGCUCUGUGGAAGCAGGAGGAUACACAGCGUUUAUUUACGCUAACUUCAGUGUUCCUGUAGUGGAGAAUGGUGCUCUCUUUUGGUGGAAUCUUCAUAGAAAUGGUCAAGGAAAUGUUGACACUCUUCAUGCUGGCUGUCCUGUUAUUGUUGGCGAUAAGUGGGGUAUGAUUGUUGUAUCACCUAUUAUAUCCAAAGCAACUUACAUUGCAUUCAAGUUGCCAAUAAGUGGGUUCAUGAGUAUGGCCAGGAGUUCCAACAUCGUUGUAGCCUUAAUCCUGAGGAAUGAAGAAAGCAAUAGUCCAUUUAAAGCAUAAGAGUCAGUCCCCUUGAAGGAGUAAAACUGGCAAUAAAUGAAAUGAAAAGCUGAAGAUGGGAGAGAGAUGUCUGCCUUUAUGAGUGAUCUGAGACCACAGACUUAAGGAGAGCGACACAUGGAUAAUUAUCAUGGCUGUCUAAAGAGCACAGGAAAAAGAAAUUGCCACAGUUUAUGUUUCUGUGUGGGUUAAAGAAUGGUUUGGCAUACAGCCCUAAGAGCAAGCUGACCUUUUCUUCCUGCUUUCCAAGAUAAACACCAGAAUGUUUGGUGAAAAUGUAAACUACAGAUGUUGACAUGUAAACACACACACACACCAAAAAUAAUAAUUUGCUCACUUGGAUGUUUCUUAAUUUUGACCCACUACUUGUAUCUAGUGCAAAUCUGGUACAAUAGUAUGUUGUUUAUGGUUGCAAAGUAACUCACAUAAAUGUUAUAAACAUACACAAAUAAACAAUUAAAUGAGA